AUGGUUGCUUCGCAGAGAAAAUAUAUAUGCUGUUUUUGUGCAAGGGCGUUCUCAAGGUCAGAGCACCGGACACGGCAUGAAAGAUCGCAUACUGGGGUGAAACCGUUUAGUUGUAAAGUGUGCAGUCAUUCGUUUGUCCGGAGGGACUUGUUGCAGAGACAUAUUCGGACGGUGCAUAGAAGUAUGUUACUGGAGUUACAGCUAAAACAGGUAAAACUCGGAGAGGGAAGGGAAGGUGUUUUGCAGGGCGAAUCUCAACAGAUAGAACGGGUGUUAAACUCGUUCAUUAAUGUGCAGUCUGUCGGGUUGAGAGAUGGAAUUGGAGGUAGCGCAGGCGCAGGCAAUGACAGCCCGCGCUUAUGCGCGGGGGAGAGCAGCGCCGUUGGUAAGGCAGGUUCUUCGCAGAAAGGAAAUAUCGGAAGCGAAUGCGGAGAAAAUGGUGUUUGUGGUUCUGGGGCUAUGUUGCAGCAGCAGUUGAAGCAUGAUGGGGAAGGAGGUGAGCGCCAGCAGGAGAAUAAAGGGAAUGCGGGGCAGGAUGGGGGUGGGGGGGCAGCGGGAGCGUGCAAGGUAGGCACGGAUGUAGACACGGGGUCUAGAAUGUGCAGCAGUGGUAGCAGCAGCGUUGGUGGCAGUAGUCGAUGCAGUAUUGACUUUGGCGAUGGUAAUGUUAAAGGCUGCAGAGGCAGGGGUUCGAGGUGUUUGAAGGAGAUGCUCGAGCCACGGUUCCAUAAGGUGUUAUAUGGAGCGUUGUCUUAUGUGUCGCAAAGCUUGCAGGUGGAGGGGUGUAGUGGUGUGGUUGAGUGGUUUCACGAAGGGUUGGCGUAUAUGGACAGGGAAAGGCUUUUUGAGGCUGCGGGGCGUGCGGAGCUUGAGAAGGCAUUGGUGAGUGAGGAGGCAUUUGGCAGGUGGCUCAGCGGAUCUUCUAUGCUCCUGGCAGUUGUUUGUCUUGGGUUUUGGGCGAGGAACCAGGCGGCGGGAGGGGCCUCGGGGUCGGAGAUUGCUGAGGUUCCUCGCGAUGACGACAGGAUUGUGGAGAUGUGGAAGGCAAGCUGGAACCAGUGUAUGAAGAAGCCCUUUCAUGAGAGUUUUGUCGCGCUUAAUCUGCUGGUGUAUGUUUUUCUAAGGGAUAGAAGGCAUUUUCCGCGUAGCAUGCUGUCGAUAUCUGGGUUCCAUCAACAAGUGCUGCAUACGGUUAUGCGGUGUGGUGAGGAGACGAGACUUGCGACAGAUGAUUUAUGGACAGUGUUUCAUUUGUUUGUGGAUCUCCUUGUGAUGUCAGAUGAGUAUAGUGAGGUUUCUUUAUUGUUGUACCAGUGGUUUUUGGGACAAGAGUUAUAUGAAGGUUAUUCUCUCUCCUAUCACUUAAAUGCAAUGACUCAAGAUCGAACGAUUUGUUACACUCCUCGGAUGCUUGAAACGUUGUCACGGAGUUUGUUUUGUGAGACAAUCAUGUCAGGUAGCUGUCACACGAAUUUUCAGUAUCCUGAUCUGUUACACAACACCAUAAUUAUGGCGAAUAAGUGUUACUCUAUAAAUGGGGCUGCGGUAAGUAAGAAAGAACAUAAUGCCAGUGGUUUCACGUGCUGGAAACGAGAAACUAUCUUAAAGAAUGCCCCUCAGAAGUUCUUCCAUAUGUUGAAUCAGUACCUUGUUUUUCAUGGUUCUGGAGAUCAUUGGUCACUGUUAUUAGCUACUUGGUUUGAAUUUAUCAAACGCACUUGUGAAGCGCCUCUUAAUGUUGCACCUCAUUUGAGUAAUUGUUCUAUUGGAUCAAAAUGGUUUCACAAGGCUGUUUCUCAUUUACGGCAUGUUGAUCUUAUGCAGACUAUGGCCUGUAUGGACAUAGAUCUAAAUUACAUCAAUAAUAACCUUGCUAUCGGCACUUUGCCCAUUAUUAAUUUGUUGGAAGGAGAAACUGCAGAACCGUUAGAAUCCUUGCAAUUCAUUCACAAGCGCAUGAUCUUUGAUGUCCUUCUAUUCAAUAUGCACUUGUUUGGAAAUAUCCUGUUUGUGAGCCAAAAGGGGGUGGAUCAAUCUCGCGUCACAAAUGCAUUAAAGAUGCUCGAAAAUCCAAUCGUGCAGUUUUUGUUGUUUGUGUGGUCUCGCUUUAUUGACACUAGUGAAUCUACGGAAUGCAUUGCCAAAGACCCAGGGAAAUGCAACAUGACUGAUCUAGAGGUAGAUAUGGCCUAUGGGAAGCAUUUCUUAGCUCGCUACAUUACCAUCUCGAAGAUCAAGGUCGAUACCGAUACAGUUAUCAAAAAUGACUUGGAUUUGAUAUUAUUUGGUGAUGGUGUAGACAUAUCUGUGUUCUACGGAUUCCACAGUUUACUUGGUAGAAUUUUGGAGCGCAUCGAAUAUCAUAUGAAGCAGCUAUUCCAGAUAAUCGUAAAUGAAAAUCAGAACUUCACUAAUCUGUUUGAAGAAGCACUAGCCAGUGUACGUGCAGUACAGUGCGAACUUCGCUCCAAAGUUGGAAACAUCAUGAAUAUCCCUCGUGUUAAUACCCCCAAGACUUUUUUUGAGCCUGUUUUCAACAAGGCAGUUCCACUUAGCCAAGCGACGGCCAGGAGUGUUAAAGUUUCACCAUACAACUACUCUCCAACUUCCUCCCAAUUACUCUCUGAAAAGAUAAUCCUUCCACCGAUCAAUUUUCAAGAGAUCGGUUCAACGGAGAAGUCAUGCGUGUACUAUCUCUCUGAUCCCCUCUAUUCUGGUGGCAUUAGACCCACAGUCACGUCUAGAAAUCAAAACUCUAAUUGUAAAAUCCAACUGCCGCCUCCAUAUCGAUUAUUCAAUAUCCCAAGCACGUUAUAA